AUGGCUCUAAUCCAUUCCUCCUUUGCCACCUCAAUCCUCCUUUUGUCAUUGCUAGUGAUUGCCUCAGCUGGCGAUUGCAGCUAUGACAAAAAGCCAGACUAUAGUUACAGCCCCAAAUCGAAGCCAGACACUCUCAAACCCAAAUUUAGUUAUGACCCAAAGCCACAGCCAAACGUUGCCAAACCAAACCUCCCCAAACCAACUUAUAAUGCCAACCCAAAGCCAAAUCUCCCCAAACCGAAAUUGACAGUACCAAAACCGGGCAAUGGGUAUGACAAAAAACCACAUUUUGACAAACCAACAAUUCCCAAACCAGAAACUGUCAAGCCAAAUUAUGGCUAUGACUCAAAACCAGAUGUUCCCAAACCAAAAUUGACCAUACCAAAACCACACAAUGGGUACGACUCAAAACCACACCUUGCCCAACCAACCAUUCCCAAACUAGACCCUUUGGAGCCAAAUUAUGGUUAUGACCCGAAACCAGAUGUUCCUAAACCAAAAUUGACGAUACCAAAACCCAACUAUGGUUAUGACUCAAAACCAAAAUUGACCGUAGCCAAACCAGAUACUGGCGAGCCAAAUUACGGAUACGAUACAAAACCAAACCUUGCCACACCAAAGAUGACUGUACCAAAACCCGACCAUGGUUAUGACCCAAAAGAAAAGGUUUAUGAUCAACCAAAGUUGACCACACCAAAGCCAGAGAUGGUCAAGCCACAUGCUGGGUAUGGCCCGAAACCAAAGUUAAACAUACCCAAACCAAGCGAUGACAAACUGGACUACCCAAUCGGAAUUGAAGGCUUUGUCCUAUGCAAACAGAGCUCUAGUUAUACCCCUAUUAAAGGAGCUGUGAUAAGAAUAGCCUGUAUCGCUGUGGACCAGUAUGGAUACAAGAAAACCCCUUUCUCCUUCUUGACAGAAGCAACCAAUGCAAGGGGUUACUUCUUCAAAACAUUGCCUGCUUUUGGACUUGAUGAUCAUUUAAAGAUCACAGAAUGCAAGGCUUACCUUGAAAGCUCUCCAUUGAAAACAUGCAACGUUCCAACAGAUAUGAACUACGGGAUUGCUGGUCCUCCCCUUUCAUCUUAUCACCUUCUCCAUGACAAGAAAAUGAAAUUGUACUCUAUGAGGACUUUCUUCUACACCUCCACGAAACCUACAUCAACCCCUGCUGGGGAUGUCGAUCGUCCAACGAAAAUAGCUUUAACCCCGUUUCUCAACCUCUAUUCUCCUAUUGUCAUUGCCUCUGCUGGUGAUUACGGCUAUGACCCAAAGCCAGAUACAGUUAAGCCUGAAACUAGUUGUGAUCCAAAACCAAAACCAGCCCUUGAUACCCCUACCUAUGAGUAUGUUAAAAAAUCAGGCCGUGAUGAUCAACCAACAGGAACUAUACCCAAAACCAAAUCCUAUCGAUUUAGAUAA